GGGACAUUGUUCAGUCUUUGCAGAGCUCCAACCAAAUUAUAAUUGUCAGUCACACUUUCAGGUUUUCUACUAUCUUUUUCAUCAUUAUACCUUCCUUUCUACGUGAAGGAAUAGAAUAAACUCAUGUCUGCUUUACAACUUUUAUCACUUUUUUCAUUAUAGAAUACAAUUUUUUUCCCCUUCAGUGUCUCCCAGUCAGAUCCCAAGUUUAAGUGUAUAUUUUUCAGCAAUUUCCUGAUCUAAUCAAACACAAAGACCCACCUUCCAAAAUGCAAAGCCUGGGAUGGGUUUUCUGUAUCUUGCUGGUACUUUCAUUCUUUGAUAUGUUCUCGGAGUCCCUACCUCAAACAACCUCACAAUCACAAACCCCAGUUUGCUCAGAAGCAGAUAGAGCAGCUCUUCUCAGCUUCAAAGCCAGAAUCUUGAAGGACACCACUGAUAGUCUCUCUUCAUGGACAGGAAGCGACUGCUGUGACGGUGGCUGGGAGGGCGUACAAUGCAAUCCAGCUACAGGGAGGGUUACUGGAUUGGUGUUGCAGAGACCGGAUAGGGACAGUAGCGUUUACAUGAAGGGCACUCUCUCUCCUUCGCUGGCCAGUUUACAAUUCUUGGAGGUAAUGGUUAUAAGUGGGAUGAAACAAAUUAGAGGUUCAAUUCCUGAGACCUUCUCAAAUCUAGCCCACCUCACCCAGCUGGUCCUGGAUGACAAUUACCUUGAAGGGAACAUGCCUUCAAGUUUAGGUCAUUUGUCUUUACUCCAGACCCUCUCACUUGGUGGGAACCGUUUGAAGGGGCAGAUUCCCCCAAACUUAGGGAAUCUCAGGAAUCUUCAACAAUUAAAUUUAGCUAGAAAUUUUCUUACUGGUCCAAUCCCCACCACUUUCAAAAACUUACAUACUCUGCAGUCUUUGGACCUUAGCUUCAAUUUGCUUUCUGGGCUAAUCCCAGAUUAUGAAGGCCAAUACCCAAACUUUACUUUCAUCGACCUAUCCAAUAACCAAUUCUCAGGGCAGAUACCCAUUUCCUUUUUCAACUUGGCCAAUAUGGAGGAUUUGUCCUUGAGCCAUAACCAACUCACUGGAAAAAUCCCAGACCAGAUAGAGGAGCUAAAAUCUCUUAGACGUCUUCAUUUGAGUGCUAAUCGGUUUACAGGUCAUAUUCCAAUAUCCAUUUCAAGACUACAGAACCUUUGGUACCUAAAUAUAUCUCAGAAUGGAUUCUCAGAUCCUUUGCCAUUUACUCUUAGCAGAGGCAUUCCUUCUUUGUUGUCAAUAGAUCUGUCUUACAACAACCUCAGUUUAGGGGCAGUUCCUGAUUGGAUCAGAAGCAAACCACUUUCAGAUGUCCAUCUAGCAGGUUGUAAACUCAGUGGAACCCUUCCAAGAUUUACAAAACCUGAUGCCCUAAACUCCAUCGACCUAUCUGACAAUGAUUUCACAGAUGGGCUUCAAAGUUUCUUUGCAAACAUGUCUACUUUGCAGAAUGUCAAUCUCUCAAACAACCACUUGAGGUCAGAUCUUUCAGAAAUCAGAUUGCCAGAUGGACUCUCUUCUAUAGACCUACGCUCAAAUCAGCUAACUGGGUCUCUCUCAAGGAUUCUAAAUAACCCAACGGGCAGCUUUUUGGAGGUCAUAGAUGUAUCAGGCAAUCAGAUUACAGGCAGCAUUCCUGAAUUUAGUGAGGGAUUGAAGUUGAAAGCACUCAUUGUAGCAAGCAACAAGAUUGCAGGCCAAAUCCCCAGUUCAAUUUCAAACCUUGUUGAACUUGAAAAGUUCGAUAUUUCCAGGAACCAUAUUACAGGCACCAUCCCUACAGGUUUAGGCUUAUUGGUAAAGCUUCAAUGGCUCGAUCUGUCCAUUAAUGGGCUUACAGGAAAAAUCCCAAAUAGCUUGUUGGGGAUUGAGAGUCUAAAGCAUGCAAACUUCAGAGCAAACAGAUUGUGUGGUGAGAUACCACAACGGAGGCCAUUUAACAUCUUCCCUGCAGUUGCUUAUGCCCACAAUCUGUGCUUAUGUGGCAAGCCCCUGCCUCCUUGUAGGGGAAAGAAAUAAGGUUAGAUGGGCCAGAGAGAUGCUGACUCUGCUGCCCAGUGACAUGCUCAUACCAUAUGAGCAUCAUCAUUCAAGAGAAAAAACAGAAUAGGUUCUACUUUCUGCAACAGUCAGUCUUCUUAGAUUUGAUUGUAACUAUCACUUAAUAGAAAUAAUAAUUUACCAUUACUUAUUA